CUUCCACCCGAACGGGCCGGAACGACUGGUCAAUAAUUAUGCCAUGGUACCUUGGAGUCUCUCUUGCAUGCUAGAGGCUACUUGAUUUCAUAUGUCUGAAAUGACGGCUCUGAAUGUGCAUUUCCACUUCACCCUAGUUUGUCGACGUUCCUCCGGAUGGGUUGGGAAGUGUCACAAUAGGAACUGGAUUGAUCCGAAUCACAAACGGAUCACUCCCGUCCAAGCCGGGAAAGAUAGGUAGUCCAAUCUGAACCCCUCCCAAAUAACGCCUUCUGAGAUCUUUCCCUCGCUUAUACCUCCUCAAUCAUCUGUCGCGAGCCGCAUUACACCGUCAACACACACCACAAAAGCGCCUACACCAUGUCCGCAUCUACCUACUCCCUCCCGGACCUGCCGUACCCCUACGACGCUCUCGAGCCCAACAUCUCGAAGCAAAUCAUGGAGCUGCACCACAGCAAGCACCACCAAGCAUACGUGACCAACCUGAACAAGGCAGUGCAGGCCCACGCGGCAGCGGUGCAGGCGAACGACAUCGCCGCGCAGGUGGCGCUGCAGCCGGCCAUGCGGUUCAACGGCGGCGGCCACAUCAACCACUCGCUGUUCUGGCAGAACCUCGCCCCCGCGGCCAGCCCCGACGCCGCGGACCCGCGCGCCGCCGCCGCGUCCCUCGUCGCCGACAUCGAGGCCACCUGGGGCAGCCUCGGGGGUUUCAGGGACGUCUUCUCGGCCGCGCUGCUGGGCAUCCAGGGGAGCGGCUGGGGGUGGCUGGUCAAGGAGGAGGGGACGGGGCGGCUGCGCAUCGUCACGACAAAGGACCAGGACCCUGUCGUUGGGGGCGAGGUUCCCAUUCUCGGCAUCGACAUGUGGGAACAUGCUUACUAUCUCCAGUAUCUCAACGGCAAAGCAGCGUAUGUUGAGAAUAUCUGGAACGUCAUCAACUGGAAGACUGCGGAGGAGAGAUACCGCGGCACUCGGGAGGAUGCUUUCAGAAUCCUGAAGGCGUCAAUUUGAGGGACCGGUACCUUGCCAGCCCGUGGCUUGUCACUUUAUAGUUGAUAGUGGUGUCAAUUAUCUGCUAAUUACGCCGCCAUAAUUGCCAUCAAUAUAUAUUGCUAUUAGGUUGCUUCCAGAGGUGAUGUUAAGAUAUCUAGUUGUGUGUCGAUCGUGAUCGUUUCAUCUCCCAGCUCUGCCAAUGUCUCCCAACAACGGCAUCUCAAGAGGGCCACGGCAGCACUGCGGUACAACAAUUUACGGCCAGUCUCCCGCCCAAAUCUGAAAUCCCUUCAACGCUCAUGGCUUUGGUCGCCCGUGGGCAUCUCCCCCACCGGGCUAGGCCGUAGAAAAUAGAAAGCCGAGGAGGCUUCUCUUGAUAGAAACAUUGGGAGGUUGGGAGGCUCGAGUACUGAAGAAG